GCCUUAGAUGGUUUUAUAUAUUUUGGCGGUUCUGAUGAUUAUGGCGAUUUUGAACCGCCGUUUUCACGCACAUAUAAAAAGAGAAAAAUUGCAAUCCCUGGCUCAUUCAACGCCGUUCUUCCUUUUAGCUAGGGCUUCUAUCCUCUCUGAACAUACAACACUCUCAUUUCCUCAGUGUAAAGAAGCUCUCCGACAACGCCUUCUUCCUUCUAGGGCUUCUCCUCUCUCCGCCGGUUACGAUCUCUCCAGCUCUGUUAGGGAUUUUUGGGUCUUCCGUUGAAGCAUUGGAUUGACGUUGGUGCGGGGGUGAUUGACGACGAUCUCAGGUCCUCUUUCGCUUACUUCUAUUAAGGAGGACUUUGAUGAAUUCAGCGAUGUUGAUGAACUAUACAGCUCAUUGCCUUUAGAUAAGGUGGAGACUCUUGAAGAUCUUGUUACAAUCCCCCCUGGCCUAUCUAAGGUCACUUCCCUACCCCUCCUGCUCUCACUUCCCAGUUUUGAAAAAAAUUAAUUUGCAUAUAUACCACUACUUGAGAAGGAAAAGUUCACAAAGCCAUUGUUACAGCCACAAAAUUAUCAUUUGGAAGAGUCCCUCUUAGUAAUGUCAAUCGAUAAGUCAUGGAUUGAAAAACCACGAAACACGCAUGAGUAUAAAGAUGGUCUAAACAAGUUUUUGGAUUUCGCUUUUGAGCAUCGAUCUCUCGGGGGUCAUCAGAUUAAAUGCCCUUGUCCGGUGUGUGGUUUUGGCAAGUGACAAACAAGAGAGAAAGUUUUUGAACAUUUAAUAGUCAAGCCAUUUCCAGAAAACUACAAAGUUUGGUAUUGGCAUGGUGAAGAAGCAGUUGGAGUUGGGUCACAAGCUCAUCAAACUAGUCAUAUUGUACAAGAUGAUUUGACAUCUCAAUAUCCAAUGGUAACAAUGCUCAAUGACGCGUUUGGAGUUACUGGACCUGACUUGAAUGAAGAUGGAUAUGGAGAUGAAGACAACAUAGAAGAUGGAGAUGAAGAUGAAGACAAUAUAGAAGAUGGAGAUGGAGACAAUGCAGAAAAUGUAAAAUUUUACAAGUUGUUGGAAGAUGGUAGUGAACAAUUGUAUGAAGGGUGCACAAAGUAUUCAAAACUGUCUUUCUUGAUUAGUCUAUAUCACAUAAAGUGCUUAUACAGAAUAAGCGACAAAGCAUGACCGAAAUUCUCAAGUUAAUAAAAGAUGCUUUUGGAAAUGCGAAGAUUUCAAAUACAUUCUAUGAGGCGAAGAAAACCAUAAACAAACUAGGGCUUAAUUAUACCAAGAUACCUGCUUGCCCUAAUGACUGCAUGUUAUAUUGGGGGGAGGAUGAAGAUUUGCAAGAAUGCAAAAGAUGCAAGACAUCUAAAUGGAGCGAUGCUAAAAAGAAGAAACCGGCAAAGAUCUUGCGAUACUUUCCACUAAAACCGAGACUUCAACGAUUAUUCAUGUGUUCUAAGACUGCUCAAUCAAUGCGAUGGCAUGCUUCGGCAGAAAAGAAAGAUUCGAAGAUGAGGCAUCCGUGGGAUUCUGAAGCUUGGAAGACAUUUGAUUUACUUCAUGAUAGGUUUGACGAAGAUCCUCGAAAUGUACGUCUUGGUCUUGCAGCGGAUGGAUUCAACCCCUUUGGAGCUAUGCGCACAAACUAUAGCGUUUGGCCAGUGGUGCUUAUUCCAUACAAUCGACCUCCAUGGGAGUGCAUGAAGCCAGCAUCACUAAUCUUGUCAAUGAUUAUUCCCGGAGAGAAAAUGCCGGGGAACAACAUAGACAUAUACUUACAACCUCUUAUCAAAGAGUUAAAAGAGUUGUGGCAUGAUGGUGUUCAAACAUUAGAUAGGUUCAAGAAUGAAAUGUUUACAUUGCGAGCAGCAUUAAUGUGGACAAUUAGUGAUUUUCUAGGCCUUGGUAACUUAUCUGGGUGGAACGUACACAGUAAAUAUGCUUGUCCCACAUGUAACUUCAACACUGAUUCAUAUAGAUUAAAGCAUGGUGGAAAAUGGUGUUUUUUGGGGCAUCGCCGUUUCUUAGAAAGGGGUCAUAAGUUUAAGCUAAGUCGUUGGUAUGUGAAAUUGUUACUCAGGUUGUGAAUUGUUGUUCGAAAUUGAUUC